AUUAUGUGGACCGUGUUGUGCCAAAUCAUACCAAUCCACAAUUUCGUCAAAAUUGAGUUAUAUACAUCAUCCAACGUAAAAUCACCUCUAAAUUCAUGUGGCUAAGUUUGAUUUCAAUCUGACACAUAUAGCUGAAGUUAUUAAAAAAUAAAAGGUAUCUGGAACCAACCCACAAUAUGAAUAAACAUUUUUUUUUUUGGUCAAUUCAAGACAUGCCGUUUGGAACUCGCCUUAAGCUGUAAGCGAUAUUGGUUGAAUGUACCAAAAUGACUUGGUAUAUUAGCAAACUGCAAACGAUAUUGGUUAAACAUACCAAAAGCACUUGGUAUAUGUUGUCCUAAGCGUAAACAAUAUUGCUUGAAUGUACCAAAAGCACUUGGUAUAUUAGCAAACUGCAAACGAUAUUGGUUAAACAUACCAAAAGCACUUGGUAUAUGUUGUCCUAAGCGUAAACAAUAUUGCUUGAAUGUACCAAAAGCACUUGGUAUAUUUUGGCAAUAAAAUACAGGUCAAUGUAUCAGUCAGAAGAUUCCAUGCUCUUUGUAAUACAACAAUUGUGUAUUAAAACAAUUCUGCCAAUAUGUGCCAAGAAGUUUAGUUGUUGUUGUUUGGUAUAAAAUGAUAAAAAAAUUACAUUAAGUUUUAUUACCUUUUUUUUAGUAAGUACCUAUACAUAAUGAUUAUCUUAUUAACUUCAUAGAACGGCUGAAAAUAUCAAAAUUGAACGCACCUUUUAUUUAUUUUACACAGGCAAUACUGUGGCAGCAGUCAGAUCAGCUGUCAGUUUUUAAAUUCAUCUGUUUUAGUCGUUCGUGUACGUUCGUGACUUAACCAACACUCGCUUUGUAAAUUAAUAUAAGAUAUUUAAAAAUGGAAUACAACAAAGUGCUUAAAAGUGCAGUUAUAGGAUACGAAUCUUCUGAUAGUGACUCAAGUGACAUACCGAAUUCGCCAGAUACGUCGCUAAAUAUUAAGCAUAUUACGGUACCAGAAUCUCCACAAAGUCCAUCUUUGUGCAGCCGAUACGAAGAUUUUUAUGCACAAGUUGAAAUCCAAUCCGAUAUAUUUUCUACAAAUGAAAGCUGCCCCGUCCAAGCAUUGAAUACAACCGAUUCACGCUACAUUGAAACACCAGCUAAGUCAUUUCUAACUUCUGAGCAGUUCUUGCAAAACGAUCCGCGCAGCAUUGAAGCACCUGCUUACUCUCCUCUAACCCCUGGUCCUGGACAGCUCUUGCAGAACGAUCCGCGCAGCAUUGAAGCACCUGCUUACUCACCCCUAACUCCUGGUCCUGGACAGCUCUUGCAGAACGAUCCGCGCAGCAUUGAAGCACCUGCUUACUCACCCCUAACUCCUGGUCCUGGACAGCUCUUGCAGAACGAUCCGCGCAGCAUUGAAGCACCUGCUCACUCACCCCUAACUCCUGGUCCUGGACAGCUCUUGCAGAACGAUCCGCGCAGCAUUGAAGCACCUGCUUACUCACCCCUAACUCCUGGUCCUGGACAGCUCUUGCAGAACGAUCCGCGCAGCAUUGAAGCACCUGCUUACUCACCCCUAACUCCUGGUCCUGGACAGCUCUUGCAGAACGAUCCGCGCAGCAUUGAAGCACCUGCUUACUCACCCCUCACCCCUAAAGAGCUAAAAUUAAAAAAUAAUUCUUCUGCAUGUUCUUCAUCCAAGGUAGGGGUUUCAAAUUUUACAGCUUACUUAUCACCAUUUAAUAGUGAAACAUCUGCAUCGCCAAUUCCGUCUAUGUCGCCCCAAACAAAAAAAUUGUUUCAAACAUUAGUAGGGGAUGGUUUUAAUAGUGACGAUUCAGUAAAAGAUCCAAAUUACGAAGGUGACGAAGAUGAAAUUGACAGCAGUGAUUAUUUAGAAGAACAAACAAGUCCUCGAACCAUUAAUGUCGAAGUUGAAUAUAUACACCAGGCAUCAAGAGCUAUAGUGAAAAAGAAAAGUAAGAAAGAGGGUCACUUAAUGCCUAAAAAUAAACAAGAUGAUUUCGAUAAAAUAGAGGAAGAUAUUUGCGCAGAAAACGAAGAACGUGCUGAUGUAGAAAAAAGAGCAGAUAACGAGAACGAUUGUGAGCAGGACUUAGGUGUUAUGGAAAAUGAAGAGAUUGAUAUUAGAAAAGGACGACCCAAGAAAGGCAGAAAACGCAUAGGCAUUUUCCCAAGGUGUGAAAUCAAAAAAAGAAAGUAUGAUAAUAAGCCUUAUACCGACCGAAAACAUAAUUUAAUUCAACCCAAAGAGUUUAGGAAUAUGCAAUGCUCUUGCAAGAAAAUGUGUUCUAAUUUAGUAUCGACAGAAGAAAGAAGGAAGGAAUUUAAUACUUAUAUGCAUUUAGGCUCGUAUACUGCGCAGAUGCUUUACAUAACUAAGUGUGUAGAAGAAAUAAAUAAAAAACGUACAUACCAACCUGAUCCUAACAAAACAUCUAAGCCAAAAGAGUUCACACGGGUUUAUAAUUUGGGAGGUAAAAUAGUUUGCAGGGAAAUGUUUUUGAAGACACUACAAAUAACUACACAAAAAGUUGACACAGCUCUAAAGAAAAUGCGAAUUGGUUCAUUAACAGACCAAAGAGGAGUAACAGGAGGUAAAAAUAAUAGACUAUCAUCAGAAGAAUACAAGUUAGCUGAAGAGGUCAUUAAUAAACUACCGAAAUAUAAAUCACAUUACCGACGAGAAAAUACCGACGCAGAUUACCUGCAACCUGGAAUGACGGUUCGUAAAAUGUACGAAGAUUACUAUUUGAAGGAAUUUGAUGACUUGCCCGAUAAAAAUACUCGCCGAUGCCUCAAAUGUGACAACUAUGCUAUUCAACAAAAAAAUGGAGUUGACGUACAAGAAGAACAUCAUGCACACCUUAAAAAAGCAGAGUCCUUAAGAAAACAAAUGAAAGUCGAUUUUGAACGAGCACAAAAAGAACCAAACGUAGAGUGCCUUACCUUCGAUUUGGAAAAAACAUUGCCCCUUCCCAGAAUUCCUACAAAUAUUGUGUUCUACAAGCGACAACUUUGGGUAUACAAUAGUGGCAUACACAGGGCAUCAGACGACAAAGGCUUUUGCUAUGUUUGGGUUGAGGGCGAAGCUGGACGAGGUGCGCAAGAAGUGGCUUCCUGCCUUCUCCGAUUUAUACAAAACGAACUCAGAGAAAACACAGAACACCUUAUCCUCUGGAGCGAUUCGUGUGGCGGCCAGAACCGGAAUAUAAAAAUUACAUUGAUGCUUAAAACAGCAUUACACUCACACACCACACUGAAAACCAUCUCAAUGCGAUUCCUAGAACCUGGACACACAUUUUUACCAAAUGACACGGACUUUUCGAAGAUUGAAACGAAAAUCAAAGAAUAUGAUAGAAUAUAUACAGUGGAAGAUUACAUGAACAUUAUGAAACACGCAAAAAUUCGAAAUCCAUUACACAUCAAAAGAAUGAAUAAUGAACAGUUUCUAGGGUGCAGCAAUAUUGAACAGGGAAUUGUCAACCGAAAAGUUUUCAGAAAUAAGAAAAAGGUAAACUGGCUUAUGACUAAAGAAAUACUGUUAAAAAAAGAUUUCAGAUAUUCUAUAUUUAUGCGGAUAGAUUUUGAAAGCGAAUUUGACGAACUUUUUAUCAAAAAGAGAUUAGGAAGAGGUGGAGGAGAGGAAGUUGAAAUAGUCAUGAGCGAAUUGGUUCAAUUGUGGCCAGAUGGCAAAGAGAUUGCGCAAGCGAAACUCAACGAUCUCCGGUCCAUGGAGCAUCUUAUUCCCGCUGACUGUCGUGCUUUUUACGAGAAUUUACGAGGCAACGAUCAAAUUCUAGAUGAUUUGGAUGGGUACGGGACUAUACCCGACUUUGAAUUAGAAGAGACAUAG